AUGAAGGACACAAAUCACACCGACGACUUGAUCGCAAACCUGGCCAUACGUCUGCGUCUGGAUCAAAGCCAGAAGACCCAGUCGGCAGACCAGUCACCAAGAAGAGCCCCUGAGAAGAGCGCCAAGCAGCAAGACUAUCAUUCCAAGCUGCGACAAGUUUCCCAUGACACUGCUCAACGUCGACAGACUGCAGCCUCCUCACUGAUGUCUGACUGGAAGACUGCUCACGCGAGCUCAAACGGGAGCCUUGCCAAACUUCGCAACCUCGAGACGGACGCCACCCUGCUGCUUCUGACACCCAUCAUGCUACCCUCCGGCCAUCCAGGAUUGAACCGCACAAUUCCCGAUAUUGAUACGAAGUCCGUACUUGGCAAAACGCACCCCUUCGAGAUGCUCGGUCUUGCGCUCAGCAAGCAACAUCGAAAGAUUAGGCAUGUCCCUUACGUUCCAAGCGUGGGCUUCACUCACACGCACGAAGUGUUCCUUACCAAGUCCGAUGCGGUUAUUGUGGUAUCCUGCGAGCCAGACUCUGGACCGACUUUGGAACUCACCCUGGCAAAGCAAGCAGAGUUCGUCGGCAACGUGGCAGACGCGCUGGAGGAGUCCGAUCGCCAGCUCCCGAUGGUCAACGUCAGCUUCGGUGGCGAUGAUUGGGAGAACGAGGCCGUGUCGUACAGUCAUUUGUGGGCAGGCGAGCAGUAUGAUCUCGAUACUGUGCAGAAUGUGGUCAUGCUCAUUUUUGGUUCGCGGAAGUAG